CCUUUAAGACCUUUAACAGUUUAACAAAAACAUUAUUGUUGUCUGUUAUAGUGGAUAAAUAACACCAAGUUUAGUUAGUAUCAACCUUAUAAAAUAUUUAGUAAUACACCAUACAAAAUAUCAAUACUCAAUUAACGAGAAUCGUUAAUGGCUGAAAAGUUUACAUUUUAAGGUGAUCUUAUAAGUAGACGUGGCGUAAGGACUGAUGUAGACGAAUAUUACAAAAAAAUAUAGCAGCAUAGAAGACAUAGCUUUUCACCAUUACAAAAAAUAACCAACAGUUUAUGUUUCGCAUAAAUAUUUUUUAUAAAGAAAUGUGACAAUCUUAAGAAUGAAUGAACUAUGAAAACCAAAAAGAGAGAACAUUUCUUUACUAACAGUUCACCGAUGAUGUUACCCUCCAUUCAGAACGCAGUUGAUCAUUUUAGAACAGCAAUGACGAGACAGAAAAGUAAUAUUGUGCGUCUCCCUCCUCUGACAAAAAGUCCUGAUUAUUAUGGCGGUCGCAUUAAAUAUAAGCAUAGAUCCUCUGAGGAAGCAAUGCGAAACUCGGAAAACUGGGAUAAACUUAAGUUCAUCUUGAGUGAAGAAAGUACAACAAACUCUAUUGACAUGGUGUACGAAGUUAACAAACCCGGAAGUAAAAUAAUGGAUACCUUGGAAUGUUCCCCUCCGUUGAUAUCCACAUCGGUAUCCAAGGAUAUAUUUGAAAAUAAAGUCAAAGAAUUAAAUUUGAAAAGGAACGUUACAGGAAAAACAACAUUGACAAGUUUUGCGGACGAAUUAAAAAUAACUGAAGAUCACGUGACAAAAACUUCUCGCAAUAUACACGAUGAAAAAAACGAGAGUGUGCCAAUAUAUGCAGAAGACAAAAAUUUCAAAGCGGAAAAUAAAUUUCAAAAAUACAAUCUUAUAGAAUCAGAAGAACAAAAACCUUUACAGAAGAAAGUGCGUUUCGAUUUAAACGACAAUACCCAGAGAACGAAAUUCGCUGAAUCGUUUAAAUCACAACGGACCAAGAAUAAAAAAUGUUUUCUGACAAAAACUAAAGUAUCAGACCUCACGAUUCAACAAAGUCCGUCAAGUAGGUCUAUUCAUCAGAGCAAAAAGGUGGGAUUAGCAAUGAAACAGAUAAUAAGAGGACAAACUAUUGGGAAACAUGGUCGCUCACAAAGAUGCUAAAUCAUUUUCAUUAAAUCCUUCAAGACACGUUGCUGUUUAUAUAAAACUGUAUACGGGGUUCUUUUCUGGUUGGUAUACAUAAAUUGGACUAUCAUUUUCAUAUAAAUCAUGUUUAUGUAUUGUGCAAUAAGAAUUGAUUACUACUGUAUAGAAAGCAUCAGUACUGUUGAAUACACAAUUUAUCAAAUAGUUAAUAUGAGACUUAGAUCAGCUAUCUUGUUAAUGAUUUGACAAAACAAAUUGUCCGCGCGAAAUUGGUAUUGCCACCUGUUCUAUCAGGCAUCUGGUGUUUAAAAAAUGAUAUUUAAAAAAAAAAAAACGCACUUCAUAAUAUUGCUUUAAUACGUAGUCCAUGCUGUAUAGUUUCCAUGUCACUAGCACCAAGGUUUGAAGUCAGGUUUGAUUUUAAUUUUGAAUUGCUUGUUGAAUUACCAAAUAUGCAAAAUAUUACGGA